CCAUAUAAGCUGAGGGGACCCCAACCUACGGCCUCAAGCAGCCAUCCAGCUCCGACAUGGCCCAGCCGGCCCACUGCAUCCGUUCUGUCUUUGGCCUCCAGUGCUUCUUCCUUUUUCUUCUCACCUCUCUGGAGGCAGGUGCUGCCACACUUCAAGAACGCCGGAAAACUGGCGAAUCCUCAGUCUUUCUGGCUCCAGUCCUUGGUUCCAUUAUCCUGUCUAACCACACUGCUUUUCAUUCAGAAUACAGCGCUCUAGACUCCCUGAUAUCUACAGAAACCCAUAAGCCAAAGCACCAAUGCACUACCACGCACCGCUCCAAGCUGGCUCACCAAAGCUCCACAACCCAAGUUGCUCCUCCUGCUUCUGAACAGACCUCCAGCAAACAAAGAACAGGGCCAAUUACCAAGAACAAACAUGCUUCUGAACCUAAUGACACCACCACUAAUACAGAUAAAGGGCCAGAAAGGGAAACACAUACAACUCCAGUACCCAACAGAAAGAAUACCACUUGUCUUAAGAGCACAACAAGCAGAUCAACAGUGACAAGGAAACCAGCCAAAGUUGUAACAUCAAGUACCACCUCAAACAAGACUACUGAAAAGACAACACAAAACUCAGGAAAAGGGAGUGACCACAAGCCAUCAACCACAGGGGGCCAUGAGAGGACCACAGGAACCCCAGAAACGCCCACAGAACAUGAAGGAAAGGCCACAUGGACCCAUUAUAAGACCACAGGAGGUUCAGCAAAAUCUACUAGACAUCAAGAAAAGAUCACAUCGGUCACUGAGACCAUAAAAACGCCAAUAAAACUCACAGCAAAAAACACAGCAGCCACAGAGAACAUAAGACCUACAGUGAAAGUCACAGGAGAUGCAUCUAUCAGCACUAGAUCUCCUUGUACCAGUAACAAAGCUCCCCGGUGUGUACGCAGUGGUUCCUCUACACCCCCUACGUCGAUCGUGUCAGAAGUCCCCGACAGCAAGAGCCAUACACAGCAGAACAAAGAUCACUCACGAGGAAGUGUCCCUGAGGGAGAAACGGAAGGGAGUGAUUCCUUCCCUGCAUGGGCCAUAGUGGUCGUGAUCCUGUUGAGUGUGAUUCUCCUUCUGGUGUUCAUCGGCCUGAUUGUCCUGGCCUCCUACUUGGCUCGAACAUGCCGUGCACUGACCCAGAACACUGAGAAUAAUGACUCAGAGAAUGUCGGGGGCUCCAAUUCCUAUCCAGUUUACUUGAUGGAACAACAGACUCUCGGCCCAUCCCAGACCCCUGGCCCAUGAUGAUCAUUCAGAAGUCGCUCACCCCCAGAUUUUCCAUGACCUAUCCCUUUCCUGGAUGAGACCCAUAACAGGGACCCACAAUUGUGAGUCCCACAAGUGAGACCCACAGUUCCUAUUUCCUGGACUCCAAGAAGGGCAAAGUACUGAGAGUUAACACGCUAACAUUUCAACUGCUGUGCUCUUAUUUAAACCAGUCAAGGCGUGAGGUGAUAAGCAAAAAGGAUGUGAGUUUGGGAUGGAUGUAUGGGGUGGAGAUCAAUAUAGGACUCUGAGUCAUGGGAGAGGGCAGCACAGUUGGGGAGUCCUGGGAGGGGCAGCACAGUGGGGGAGCCUUAGAAAGCAAUGCUCCAGAGAGUCAGGAUUAUAGGCAGGGAGAGUCAAAAGACAGAGCCUGUGGGUUUCAGGACCAACCUAUAUUAUUUCCACCUCUCACUUAGAGUUUCUGUGUGGACAGCUUUGUCUCUCAGUUCCUAGGGCCCUUGAUUUUUUUUUUUUAAAUAAAAAAAUAUUUAAAAGAAA